AUGAUACAAGUCAUGUUAGAAAGUGGCAAAUCGCCUUCCCCAUUCUUCAGAUCACUCAGUCGACCUCUCCCUUGUCCUUCGUCUCACCCAUUCAUGCCCCCCUCUCACCCAUUCUUGCUCCCUCUCAACCAUUCAUGCUCCCUCUCACCCACUCACGCUCCCUCUCACCCAUUCAUUCACCCUCUCACCCAUUCAUGCUCCCUCUCACCCAUUCAUGCUCCCUCCCCUCUCACCCAUUCAUCCGUUAAACCACCACCACCCCUUCCACCCCCCAUGCGUGCGUCCGCCUCCCCCCUCGCGCCCUUCCCCGACGUCGCCUUCGCAGACGCCCUUUGUGUGUGGCACCUGGCCCACUCACUAUGCCGCUCUGCACCUUCUUUCCCCCUCCCUUCCUCCGUCCCCGCCCCCUCCCCAUCCCCUUCCCCUUGCCACCAGCUCUCUUCCUUCAAGCGUGCGUCCGCCUCCCCCCUCGCGCCCUUUCUCGACUUCACCUUCUCGGACGCUCUCUGUGGGACGUGGGCGACUGACUACGCCGCUCUGCACGCUCGCAUCCGCGAAACUGCCCGCUCCCACGCCCCCACCCUCGCUCAGACCGCUGCCGCUGCUGCCAACGCUGCUGCCGCCGCCGCCGCCGCUGCUGGUGCCGCAUACCCCCAGCCCCGUUUAGACCCAUCCAUCCGCUUCCUAACCUUUGAAUGGCUUGACGAGCCUGGAGGCUUGGGGGAUUAUAUCACCGGGCUUGCCACCGCGUUUGCCUGCGCGCUCCUCACGCGCCGAGCCUUCAUCGUCCGGCACCCGUACCUCCCGCUUGCGUUCGCGCCGAACCUCGUUGAUUGGUCGUUCUCGCCGGACGUGCCGUAUGAGCCGGCUCGGCGGCUGACGGUCGAUGAAGUGUUGGCGAGAGUGGGAGAGAAGGGAGGAGAAGGAGGAGGCGGAGGGAGAGGAGGAGGAGGGAAGGGGGAGUUGGUGCAGGAGGGGGAGGUGGUGAUAGUGAAUCUGAGGAACCGGUUUGUGGAACCAGAGGAGUUCUUUGCGGUGCUGGAUAAGGCGAUGAACGCGGUGGGGAAGAAAUGGACUGCCAGUCUGCACGCUUUAGGCAUACGCCCUCCCUACGCCUUUGGCUGCAUACUUCGCUUCCUCCUAAAGCCCCAACCAGAAGUCAUUUCAAAACUCCAAGCCAUGUAUCAUCAGCUGCUCGCGCCUCUCGCCUCCUCCUCCUCCUCCUCCUCCUCCUCUCCCUCCACCCCCCUCCAGCAUCUCAUCACUGGCCACUCACGCACCUCCCAUCUAUCCUCUCAUGGGCAUUCACAUGGGGCGUCACAUGGAGGUUCGGGCCAUAGGGUGGCGGUGGUGGGGAUACACAUGAGAGCACCGGAUAAGUUCGUGUGGCAGGGGCAGCAGGGGUUUGGAGAUCCCAAGGCUAUGAGUGAGGCGGAUAAGGAAAAGCUCAUGGCGUGGGCUGAAGACUAUAUUGCAUGUGCCCAGGUGGGUGGGUGA